UCGUACGGCUUGAAAGAGCUUCGUUGUUGAUGUACAACGGUAUUGCUAGAAAAUAAUAAUAAUAAUAAAAAAAAAAAAUCUUAAUUUGUUUCACGUCCAACAUGAAACGACGAGUUAAAUCCAAUGUGAUUUUAAAGAAAGACAAAUCAUGAAAACUAGUCCAUGCAAUAAAUAUAUGGGUUAAAUCUCUAUAAUCCAUCUAAUUAACCCAGGCAUUGCGAACGUCGUUUGUGUUUAUGCGCCAUAUGCAUAAAUAAUUCUUUGUUAUUAUACAGCCAUUUUGAAUAGUUGUUAAAGUUUAUCCAGAUCAAGAGACGAUGGAAGUAAAUCUGAACCGCGUUGAUUAUCUCCAGGUUGGAGUGACAUCACAGAAGACGAUGAGGCUUCUUCCAGCAUCAGGACGUAGAGCAAUGCAAAAGGUUGCAGUUGCAGACCAAGAUGGUGUCAUUACUUGUUUUGGAAUGAAAAAAGGCGAGCCUGUGCCAGUGUUCAAGAGCUUACCAGGACCGAAGAUUUCUAGGCUGGAGCUGGGGGGAGCCCUCGGUACACCAAAGGAGAAGAUCUUUGUGGCUGCAGGGUCAGAGGUCAGAGGAUUCACAAAGAAAGGGAAACAGUUCCUUACAUUCGAAGCUAACCUUGCAGAGAGCAUCAAGGCCAUGUAUGUUUCAGGUGCGGACCUCUUUGUUUGUGCCAGUUACAUCUACAACCACUAUUGUGACUGCAAGGACCAGGAUUAUUAUCUGUCUGGGGAUAAAAUCUGUGACAUUAUCUGCCUGCCUAUGACCAAGCUGGGACCUACCACUCCAGUACUAGCCUGUCAAGAUAGAGUUCUCAGAGUAUUGCAGGGAUCUGAGCUAGUAUAUGACAUUGAAGUUCUUGGACCUCCUGCUGUCUUAGAAGUAAACAGUGCUAAAGAAGGAGAAAUUGAAGAUGAACUUUUGUAUGGCACAACCGAUGGAAAGCUGGGGCUUGUUCAGGUCACUGACAGCUCUCCAGUAUAUAAAUGGGAAGUGACCAAUCAGAAGAAGAGAGGAGGUGUUCUGUGCAUUGAUAGGUUUGACAUUACUGGUGAUGGAGUAAAAGAAGUACUUGUCGGCCGGGAUGAUGGAACAGUGGAGAUCUAUAGCCUCGACAGUACAAAUGAACCUGUGAUUCGUUUUGAGCAUGUCUUGUCAGAAAGUGUCACAUCCAUUCAGGGAGGCUGUGUUGGAAAGGACGCAUUUGAUGAGGUGUUGACAGCCACUUACACAGGUUGGGUGACAGGGCUGACUUCAGAACCACAACAAAAGGAAGCUGGGCCUGGAGAGGAAAUGAAGAUGAGUCCAGAAACACAGAACAAAAUUGUGGCACUGAGAAACGAACUGGAGCAGCUGCAGGUGAAGGUUCUGCAGGAACGUGAGAAAUACCAGCAGUCUGCCCAGUCCAGCACAGCCAUCUCAUCAGUACCUGUCUUCAGUGUCAAUGACAAGUUUACUCUGUGUCGAGAUGACGCCAGCUACAGCCUUACCCUGGAGGUGCAGACCGCCAUAGAUAACGUUCUACUUCAGAGUGAUGUUCCUAUAGACCUGCUGGAUGUGGACAAAAACUCUGCAGUUGUCAGUUUCAGUGGAUGUGAUUCAGAGCCAAAUGGAAACUUUCUUCUUGCUACAUAUAGAUGCCAAGCAAACACUACCAGACUUGAGCUAAAGGUGCGGUCAAUCGAAGGCCAAUAUGGGACUCUUCAGGCCUAUAUUACUCCACGUCUGCAGCCUAAAACCUGUCAGGUUCGUCAGCAUCAAAUCAAACCCCUGUCUCUCCACCAAAGAACCCAUGCCAGUGAAGAGCACAGACCAAUGAAUACUCUGACACUGACUGGCCAGUUCAGUUUUGCUGAGAUUCACUCCUGGGUUGUUUUCUGUCUUCCUGAAGUCCCUGAAAAGACUCCAGCAGGGGAUGAUGUAACCUUCUACUUCCAGAACACCUUUCUCGAUACACAGCUGCAGUGCACAUACAGCAAAGGAGAAGGUGUAUUUAAAUCUGACAACAUUUCUACAAUAUCCAUUCUAAAAGAUGUCCUCUCAAAAGAAGCAACCAAAAGGAAAAUCAACCUGAACAUAUCCUAUGAUGUUAAUGAAGAAUCGGUAAAUCACACCUUGAAGCUAAUCCACCCCAAACUAGAAUACCAGUUGAUUCUGGCUAAAAAGGUGCAGUUAAUUGAUGCUUUGAAGGAGCUGCAGGUUCAUGAAGGGAAUGUGGACUUCUUGAUUCCAGAGUACCGCAGUAUUCUGGAAGAGGCUGAUCACCUCCUAGAAGAGUACAAGAAGCAGCCUGCACAUCUAGAAAGAUUGUAUGGUAUGAUUACAGACCUCUUCAUUGACAAGUUCAAAUUCAAGGGAACAAAUGUGAAAACCAAGGUUCCUGUGCUGCUUGAAGUUUUGGAUAACUACGACUCAGAGUCUCUAAUUGCUUUCUUUGAUUCUGCUUAAUCCUGUGGAGAAAGCAACAAUGACCUAGUACUGUACAUCUUUAUAUAACAAGCCAAACUAUGCUUAAUGUUUGCUUAGUAUAUUAAAGACAUUGAAAUGGGUGUUAUGUUCAAGACAUUUUAAUUGUUACAAUGUUAGAUAUAUUGUCUUCUAGUUUUUCACAAUCCAGGUAUAUUAAAGACACGUGUAGUUCAUUUUAAGACACAGUCUUCAGCAUUAUAUUCUUUGUCCCUUUAAGGGCUAAUGUUUACAUGCAUACUAUCUUUAUUCGAAUGUUAUUUAUGUGAAAUGUGCAAAUGUUUUAUGAUGCUUUUUAAAAGUAACAUUUAGUAUAUAUGUAUAUUGAACAAUAUUUUAUGAGAAUAUUUUAGUCCUUUUAAAGAUUGGUCUUAGUCGUCAAUAAAAUAAUACUUGUUACAAUUCUAUGUUUUAUAAAGAACUUAAAUGUUAAUGUAACAUGCUGCUUUGAAUAGAUCAUUCCCGGAAAAUGUUUUUUUCAUUGUUUUUUUGUUUCAUAAUACAAAUAUCACUUGUCAUUGUUUGACUAAAAAGAUGAAACCCAAAUUUGGCAAACUAGAAAUCAGUAACAAGUUGAAAAGCCUAUGAUGUAAGCACUUUAUCUGUCAUUCAUUAUUUUAUAGACACUUUACAAAAUAAAUCCCGAUUUAAUCUUGAACGUGUGUAGAGUAAAACUAUAAAGUUAGGAUGGGACGACCCAAAGUGAUUUUUUAAAAGUAUAUUAAUUUGAUUUUAGCCAUAUUUGCAUACAAUUAAUGUAAUGUUAAUGAUGUGACUGCACUUUUUUUUUUUUUUUUUUUUUUUUAACUAUUUAGAUUUGUAAAUGGCAAUGAUCUCUUAAACUUCCAUCAGUGCUAUAAUUACAUUCUACAUUGCUUCAAAAGUAACACUGGCUGAUCAAGAUACACAUCUGCCAGCUUCUGUGGCACAGACAUUUGUCUGCUAAAUUAGUGGAGUAGACUGCUGCUUUGUAAUAUGAGUAAUGUGGGAUUAGGCCGCUGUUGCAAGAGACCUUACUUUUCUGCUGGGAGAAAAAUAAUUUAAUCCUAUUUGCAUACUGCACUAAACAUCACUGCCACUCAUCAAUCACCCAACCUGCUUUAAAGCAUUGCAUCUCAGACCAAUGGGAGAAUCUAGGAAACUGGGGCACCCCAAAUUUGGGUUCAGGUAGAAACAGGAAGUGGCAUGAUCUUCCCACACAACUAGAUUUUAAAGCAGGUAUUUGAAAUGGACUUGUGGUGCCUUCUAUUUUACACUGCCUACAGUAUGUUCUACAAAGGCUAAGAAAGCAAUUGCUUGUAAAAGAUGAAUGAAUAUUUUCAAAGAGGCAAAAAGUAGUCACAAACCAAGUUAGUUUGUGACUGAAAUCAGCAUUUGUUACUACAUAUCAUUACUUCAUCCAAUGUAUGUCAAAACAUUUCUAUAUGAGACAAUAACUGGGCUAUAUGUGUUUCUUAGCAAUGUACGAAGUCAGAAGAAAGAAGCUGUUGCUCAUGUACUAAUGUUCUAAAUCUAAACAAUGUGUAUUGUGCAAUACUACCUUUGUUCAGCUGAUUCCCAUGCUUGAACUUCCAGUACUCCAGGAACCACACCUGUUUCGCAUGCAAAAAUCUUCAGCUGUUGUUUUUUUUGUCAGUACAGCUUUCUUUCUA